AUGGGGGAGGCGCGCCUUGCAAUGCAGGAGCAGGCGCCGGUGCCAGGAGGAAGCCGCGCCAGUGGGGCAGCGCGGGUGGGAGGCUCUGGGUGUUGCAGGAGGACCGGCUCCGGUGGACUGAGACUCCGGGUGUUGCAGGAGGACCGGUUCCGGUGGACUGAGAGCGCCGGCGCGGAUCGGAGUCGCGGCGUCGGUGAGGAGGCGCUGGACUGGGCCGGCUCCUGUAACAGGACUGCGCCGGCGUGGGUCGAACAUCGUCCGUACCUCCGCGCUCUCUCGAGCCUGGCGUCUCCGCUGGGAGUCGCUCCCCGUCCUCUCCCUCUGCUUGCUCGACCGCCCCGACACGCCCCGUUGGGGGGGGUCUACAGCGUCCUCGCCCGCUACGCUGGUCGCAUCUCGCGCUUCUCGUGGACAGUCCAGCCGGAAUCCGUCGGCCUCGACUACUGGCUGAUCGCCCUAUCCCGCCGCGGUGUCGAGUCCAUCGACCUCCGUAGCACCAAUGGAAAAUUCAGACUCCACUCGUCCAUCUUCUCAUGCGGCCACCUUGUGACCCUGAAGCUGCACAAGUGCAGUCUUCCACCCCUCCCUCCGGGAUUCGCUGGGUUUGCCUCUCUCGAAGAGCUAAACUUCACCAAUGUAGUGUCGGUCGACAAAACAGUGAAAUUGGAGACUAUCAUUCGUCUAUCACCCUCGCUUCAAGUUCUGGAGCUCUCUUAUGUGAACUUCGUGAAGGAGUCGGAGUGGGUGAUUCAGGCACCCAAUCUACGUAGGUUCACAAUCUUUUCAUUAUGUUCUUAUGAUGGUUGGCGAUUUGGGGAACUGCCCCGCCUUGUUGAUGCCACUAUCGACCUUGUCGAAUAUGUGGUUCCUCGUGAUUUUGGAAAGCUUCUUGCUGCUAUUGCUCAUGUGGAGAACCUCAAUCUCUCGACCUGCUAUGAACCGUUCAAUGGACGUAAUCCUCUUGAAAAUCUUUGUUGCACCUUUCACAAUUUAAGAAGAUUAUUUCUCUACACCCAGUUUGUUGAGAUGCAUGCCAUUUUGUCAACUUUUACCUUACUAAGGAAUGCUCCUAACCUCAAUGAGCUCGAAAUAAUGAGCACUGAGGAAGAAGAUCAGGAAAUCGAAGCAAAUGCUGAAUUCCAGAAUGCACAAUGGACCGAUGGCAUGUGCCCUACCCUUCAGGUUGUCAAGAUGAAUGGUAUUUGCUUUCGGUCAAAUGAAAUGUGCUUUAUAGAGCUUGUCUUAUCCAAAGCUACAGCUCUUCGCACAAUGUCUAUAGUCUUGGUUCCGAACGCUACCUGUCUACUGAAAGUGCACUGAGACAGGUAAAUACAUAUCGGAGAGCUUCACCGCAUGCCCAAGUCUUUUUUUCAUAGCUCCAUGACCGGCCGGAGAUCAGGAAGAUGAUGAAGAAACGUCAAACAACCCUACUGGAAUCUGAGCCCUGAUGAUGAGAAGCUGUCGUUCUCCAUUUUGCCUCCAAUGUUUUCUGUAACCUGAACUUAAUUUGGGUCUAGUAGCUUUCCGUAUACCUCUGAAGAUCUGUUGUGAUUGUACUCGGAAACUUUUGUUUUCCAUUGCUUUUAUAAGUAAUGGAAACGGGGUGCCACCCCAUGUCCAGAAAAGAAACAUGAAUGUUUGCAGCUUUGUAACAAAAAACUAGUAUUGGGGAAUAGUUUCAGAAACUUACAUGUAAUUGCACCAUGGUAACAAAAAACUACAACUUUCAA